AUAUUUUGAUCGAUAGCAAACAAUAUCAGAUGUUUCAGUGGCCGGUUGAACUGAAUAUUUUUAUAUAAUUGACUAACAAUGGCAAAGGAACCCGAAAAUACUGACAUAAAAUCGAAUAGUACAAAGAACACACUGGAUGAUGCGUGGGCAAUACGGCCUUGUCACCUGUACAAAGAUGAAUACGACGACUGCACGAGUUUUAAGGCCCGCUUCCAUCAGUACUUCAUAUUUGGUCAGGACACCGACUGCUCCCAGUGGCUGACAGACUACCGGAACUGCGAGCGCUACCAGCAGUCCAAUGGCAACGAUGUGGCUGCCGGCGCGGCGGUGAUAAAAAGCGAGGAGGAGCGUCGAUUAAACCGCCUGCGCGCUCACUUCGCUAACGACACCUGGCAGAAGCGGAAACAGCCGCCUGGGGACUGGGCCGCACCGCUGCCCGAUUGGAUGGAGAAACGGAACGAGAAUACGUUUCUGGAGAUGAAGCAGAAGGAGCUAUCCGGCCUGGCAGCGCCGCAAGAGGAGGAACGCUCUCUGUGUGUUAUUAUGUAGGAAAUAAAUUAUUGUGGGAAAGAA